AUGGCUAAUAUUGAGGAUACUUGUAUAUCAUUAACUAAUCCCAUUGAAGCUGAUUCUUCAUCGGCUACUAAACUGAGUGAUUCGCUGGAUAUAGUUAUAUUACCUUCUACAACGACGAUUAAUAUUAAUUCAAAUGUUUCCAACAACAAAGAAAUUCAUCCAAGAAGUGUUAAAAAACAAAAGAUUGCCGAUAAUAUACUAUUAUCUAACAUCAGUCGUCGACUAGCCAUACGAAAAAACUUACAUAAACGACUUUCUUUCGUAACUGAUAUCAUGUGUUUUCUUGGUAUUUUGGGCAUUAUUCUUAUGAUUAUUGAAAAUGAAAUAAAAUUUUCACAAAUCAAUAAUAAUGAUACCAUGUCGAGUUGGUGUAUCAAAAUAGUUAUUAGUUGUUCAACGAUUAUUCUCAUUGGAUUUAUCUUUCAAUAUCAUCGUUUAAAGUUAUUUCUCUAUGCUGUUAAUAAUUCAAUUCAAGAUAGUCGUGCUACACUCACAAACAGAAAAAUAUUUUUAAUUAUACUUGAAAUAUUGAUAUGUGCUAUACAUCCUGUACCUCACUCUACUCCUCCUUAUUUGAAAGCAUCAUUAAAAAAUAUAGAUUCAAAUUCAUCCAUAUCUACUCCUUAUAUUUUGUCUUAUAUAGAUAUCGAUGUGGCACUUGGUUUACCAAUGUUUGCUCGUUUUUAUUUGAUUUGUCGUUCAAUUGUAUUUCAUUCUCAUCUAUUUCGUGAUUCAUCAUCACGAUCUGUUGGUUAUCUUAAUAAAAUAUCAAUUGAUUUCUUUUGGUGUUUACGUGCAUGUAAUUAUUUACCAACCAAUGAACAUGUAUCGUUUCUCAAUUCAAUGUGGUUAUUCGUUGUAACAUUUACUACUGUUGGGUAUGGAGAUUUUACACCAUCUACAUAUUGUGGACGAAGUAUUACUGCUAUAAUCAGUUUGGUUGGUGUCUUUUCUACUGCUCUUGUUAUUGCUGUUCUGGCACAACAACUUCUAUUGGAUCGAUGCGAAAAAUAUGUGCAUAAUUUUGUAAUGAAUAUUGAAUUGGCAAAAGAGCACAAAAUACAAGCAGCAAAUAUUGUUAAAUUUGCAGUAAAAGUUUGGUAUAUGAAAAAUAAAAAUAUAUCGUUAUCAUCUAUUCGAUAUCUUCAAGUACGACGACGACUAUUUCAAGCAAUACAUUUGGUUCAACAAGUUAAACAAGAACGAGGAAAAUUAAUUGACAAUUGUAUUGAUCAAAUCGAUCUACUAACUAUGCAACGUAAAACAAAUGCUCAAACAUAUGAAACUAAAGAACAAUUGAAGACAAUGAAAGUUAAAAUUGAUAACAUAGAAGAAAAACUUAUUGAGAUGAACACGAAUAUAAACAAUACAGUGAACGAUAUACAGAAAAUAUUGAAUAUCUUGUCAGCAAAAUUUUUAAAAUAA